AUUGUUCGUUUCUGUACGUGUUAGGGCACCAGGGAAUAGAAAUAAUACUUGUAUGGCCUUAAAAUAACUGUAUAGGAUAUAUAGUGGUAAUGGCAACGACAAGUGAUGAUACAUCAGACACAGGUGCUUUUGAGUCAGCAGAUGAAGAAGGACCUCAGACAUCAAGGCCGAAUCGUUUGGUGCGCAUGGACACCGUAGUUUCCGAUGGAGGAGAUGCAUAUGAUGAACUACCACUUCCAUCACCUGGUGUGGAUGAAUUAGAAGACAAUGCAUUUCCACCAGGUUUUAAGCCAAGGAUUCCUUACAUGUCCAUAUAUGGUAGUCCAAGUCGUUUAAUAGUCGGUGUAGGAUCGCCAUAUCUCGCGAAAACUCCUUUAUCUGUGAACAUAACAUGUGUUAAACAUGAUGUUACGUACAGACACCCACUUAAUCCAAACUUAUACACUAUCGAGUUAGCUCAUGGCCAGUUUACAUGGACGAUAUACAGACGUUACAAGCAUUUUAUUGAACUGCAUGAAAAGUUAUGGACGUAUAGAGCUUCCCUGAAAAUACCACUGCCAUCAAAAAAACAUCGCAGAAGAAGACUUACCACUCAUGGAAUGCCUAAGAAAGAAUCAAAAAUGCCUCAAUUUCCUAAAACUCCAGAAAUCUUGGUAUCAAGUGAAGACUUGGACAAAAGAAAGGACCAACUAUGCUUAUAUCUGCAAGCAAUGUUAAAAAGUCGGAUGUACAGAAAACAUCCUGCUACAGUAAGUUAAGUAUAAUAUAUUCACUCU